UUCCUGCAGUGGUGCAAGGGGAGGCGUGGAUCUGUCUCGCUCACUUUUGACAUUCUCGUGGCAGUGGUGGAAUCUCUUCGUUGCACGACUCAGACAACACCGCCCCAUCAAGCAGCCGGAGGAGACGCCAGGACAGAUGACUAUCUGCGGAUGCUCUACAUUUUGAUCCAUUUGGGGAAACAAAAAUAAAAAAGAACAUUGUAUCUGGACUACUCUCGGGGAAGCGCUUCAAGUCCGACUCCCGCACUGCUCAGCGGCCGGUGGCGGAAUGUGAGAAACUCCCUUUUAGCGCAUGUUCUCCUGCACCGUGCGGAGCCUCCUUCUGCUCUCUGUGGGGCUGGAAAGCAAAGGAAAAAGUGGUGGUUUUUGGUGUUGGAGGAGGAGGAGGGUCGGCUUAUAACGACUCGGUCCCUUGCCUAUGGACGACUUUGGUCCCCUCUCUCCAAAGGCGAAUGCUUUCAGUAUUGCCUCUCUGAUUUCGGGUGCAGAGCAAGCAGGAAACGCAGCUUUUGACAAACAGGGCACCGGUCUGGACAGCCAGAGUUACUGUAAAAUGCACUACAGCACUGUCACCAGGGAAAUGGAAGCCUUCACCACGAGCAGCCUGAGCAGCCUCAACACGCCGGGGGGCUACCACCUCUCCCCGUCCCCCGGGGACCCCUACAGCCAACAUGAGUCCCACUUCGAGCCCUGUCCGGCCGCCCAGCACAACUACAACUACCCGGGAUCCAACCCGGCGCAGAGCCAGGGCCCACAGAGCGACACCGGCACCGCCAACUGCUCCUCGUCGUCCUCCAACUCCACACCGAACAGCAAAAGUAUCGUGAAGAAAAACCCUAAGGUGGCCAACAUUAGCGUCCAGCUGGAGAUGAAGGCUUUAUGGGACGAGUUUAAUCAGCUGGGGACGGAGAUGAUCGUUACUAAGGCUGGCAGGAGAAUGUUUCCAACAUUCCAAGUAAAAAUAUUUGGGAUGGAUCCCAUGGCAGACUACAUGCUCCUGAUGGACUUCCUGCCUGUAGAUGACAAACGAUACAGGUAUGCUUUCCACAGCUCGUCGUGGCUCGUGGCGGGUAAAGCGGAUCCUGCCACCCCAGGGAGGGUGCAUUACCACCCGGACUCUCCAGCCAAAGGCGCUCAGUGGAUGAAGCAGAUCGUCUCAUUCGAUAAACUCAAAUUAACAAACAACCUGCUGGAUGACAACGGACAUAUCAUCCUGAACUCCAUGCACCGCUACCAGCCCAGGUUCCAUGUGGUUUAUGUUGAUCCCCGCAAAGACAGCGAGAAAUACGCGGAGGAAAAUUAUAAAACGUUUGUUUUUGAGGAGACUCGUUUCACGGCGGUCACAGCCUACCAGAACCACCGGAUCACACAGCUGAAGAUAGCCAGUAAUCCGUUUGCAAAGGGCUUCAGGGACUGUGACCCAGAGGACUGGCCCAGGAAUCACCGGCCAGGCUCUCUGCCAAUAAUGAGUGCCUUCGCCAGAACCAGAAACCCAAUGUCAUCUCCCCCUCAGCAGAACGGCACAGAAAAAGAAGAUUCCAGACGGGAAUAUGAAGGAGAUCCAAGCGGAACCCCAAUUCACGCAGAUCCGGCCCACCAGCUGAUGUCUCGUGUCCUCAGCCCGGCUCUGCCGGUCCCAGGAGGACUUCACGCCGUCCCGCUAACCAGCGGCCGACCGAGCCCUCCCCACGACCUCCGGCCUGAUCCUCACCCCCUGCCCCCGGACACCCUGCACCACCAUCCCUACAAAUACCCAACUGCUUAUGAACACUACUUGGGAGCCAAGACCAGGCCUUCGCCUUACCCUUUACCCAGCAUCAGAGGACACACGUACCAUCACCACAUGAAUCCCGCCACAAACAUGUACUCAGCAACCAGCGGCCCCUCUAACUAUGACUAUGGGCCCAGAUAAUGACUGCUGUCUGUCAAGGAUGAUGGCGCACGGCACUAUGGGAAACCUAGCAGGCAGGGACUCAACGCAGCUCCCUCUGUUAAUGGUUUCUGCAACAUGUGGGGUUUAAUCAGAGGUUAAGACUCCCCUCUGCUGGAUAAAUCCUGUUAUAUUUAUUUAAAGGAAAUGCAUCUAAGCGAGGACACCUGUUUGAAAGCCCUCAGAUGGCUCCGUUUUGACCUUUGAACUCAAAUGGGAACAGCUCCUACUUGAGCGGUGCAGACAUUAAGCCAUCCGGCUAAAGAAAAAGGAAGAGCCUUUCCUUAACCAGGACAAGACUUUUGAUCACAGACUGGAACUGAUUUAUUUUUUUCUUUAUGAUGCACUUUUUUGAUUUGUGUUGUUUUUAUUGCUUUCAAAAAAGCCAUACGUUAUAUAUAGUCCCAUGAACCUUCUAGGUUAGUAGACGAGAUGUUUGCAUGUUGAGCUCAUCAGAGAGGAGGUCAGAAUACAUCGAAAAUUGUUUUCUGCUUAAGGUAAAAAACAAAAAAAAACAAAAGGAAAUUUAUGAACAUCUUGAGCCGUUCUGAGCUUGCACCAUGGCACUGACUUGCAGCAAUUCUAAGUAAUUAAAAACAAAGCAGAAAGGCUCUUCUGUAUCUGUAAAAUAAAUAAUCUCUGUGCAAAUCUUCAA